GUAAGAGUUCGGGAAAACUCCUACUGGCUGGCCUGGAGAGGCGGAGCCGGAGGGGCCGCCCGCCCGGAAGCGCGCCGGCGGGAAGACAGUGUGGAGCGCGCCUAGACUGGCGGGGAGAUCGGCGUGGCAGGUACUCAAUGGGAGGCGGGAAGUUUGUUCCAGAGGCGGGACCAAAGCGACUCCACACCUACUGAGACCCUCUCUGCGUUCCCCAUUUGACAGAGGUGUGAAUUGGGAAUUGUGGCUCAAGUGCUUCUGCUAGAGAUCGCGAUUUGAGAUCCUAGCUCAAGAACCGCAAAGUCCUCUUGGUUCCCCUUCGCACUGUUUACUGACCCUCUCGGGCACAGUGACGCCUGCAGUGGAGGAGGGUCAUGGGUUUUCCCCAAACAUUUGGGUAUGAAGGUAAAAAGUGGGUCCCUAUUACAAGAGUCCUGUAGGUGGGGUCAGCGGUCACAUGGUCAGAUUCCAGAAUUGAGGUAGGAAACAAUUCUUAUCCUUGGUCUAGCAGGAUUCUCCAAGCUAUGCUGUUCACAGAGUCACCCUGUCUGGUGCCCUUCCCAGGCAGAAGAAUCCAGCCCAGAUGCAAGCCCUAGGGCUGCAGUGACCACUCCACUCUGCCCCUCUCGUGCCCUGGGUUCUCGGGCUGGUGGUUUUAAGAGCUCCCCGGUUUCCAAACAGUUAUUUUUUGCUCUGACCUGGAAGAGGAGCCUGUCUCCUACAGCCUACUCCUCCCCCUGCUUCUCCAGCUUCCAUCAGCCUUGCCUAGGCAGGCUUGCUUGACAAGCUAGGACAUGUCUGGUCCCCGAGGACCUUCUGUGGGUGAUGGCUGCAGUGUUGGAGGGGCCGAAGCCAGAGGAAACUGCAGCUGCUGCAGAGGAUGCUGCAAGACCCACAGUGGAGGCUGUGGCUUCCAGGCCCGGAGUACCUAUUCUCCUGGCUGGGAACCAGUUGAAUCUGGACCUACGCCCUGGGGGCUGCCGUCGGCUGCAGUACCUGUGUUCCCAGCAGCACACACAGCUGCUGCAAGUGGAGUUUUUGCGGCUCAGCACCCACGAGGACCCUCGACUGCUAGAUGACACCCUAGCCAAGGUUCCGUGGAGUCUACUGCGCCUUCGCUCCCUGGUCCUCAAAGGUGGCCAGAGUCGGGGUGCCCUGGGUGCUUGCCUCCAUGGUACCCUAACCACUCUGCCUGCUAGCAUGAGAGACUUAGCCUGCCUGGCCCACCUAGACCUGAGCUUCAACAGGCUGGAGACACUGCCGACCUGUGUCCUGGAACUGCACAGCUUGGAUGCCUUGCUGCUUUCUCACAACUGUCUCUCAGAGCUGCCAGAGGCCCUGGGGGCACUGCCUACCCUCACCUUCCUCACUGUGACACACAACCUCCUGGAAAGACUACCCCCAACACUGGGGUCCCUGUCCACCCUUCAGCGUCUUGAUCUCUCCGAGAACCUUCUAGACACCAUCCCGUCUGAGAUUGGAGACCUGAGCAGCCUCAGGGAGCUCAAUCUGGCCUCCAACCGGCUGCAGCAUCUCCCAGCUUCCCUUGCGGGGCUGCGGUCCCUGCGGCUCCUUGUUCUGCACAGCAACCUCUUGACCUCGGUGCCCCCUGGCUUGGCCCACCUGCCACUGAUCACUCGGCUUGACCUGAGGGACAACCAGCUCAGAGACCUACCUGCCGAGCUACUAGACGCUCCCUUUGUGCGCCUGCAGGGGAACCCUCUGGGCGAGGCCUCUCCUGCACCCCCAAGUCCCCCAGACAUUUCCCAGGUUCCAGAAAUGCCCAGGCUAUUCCUGACCUCAGACUUGGACAGCUUCCUUGUGACUCCCCAUGGCUGUUCUGUGACCCUGGCCUGUGGUGUCCGCCUACAGUUCCCAGCAGGAGCCACCACCACACCUAUCACCAUCCACUAUCGACUGUGGUUGCCUGAGCCAGGCCUAGUCUCUCUGGGACCUCAUGACUUCCUGCUUAGUGGUGUCCUGGAGCUGCAGCCUCAUGGGGUGGCUUUCCAGCAGAAUGUGAGCUUAUGGCUGCUCUUUGUCCCCCCACGAGUCCGAGUCCGUCGUUGCCGUGAGGUAGUUGUGAGAACACGGAGUGACAACAUCUGGAAUGACCUAGAGACCCACCUGGAGGAAGAGGCCCCCAAGAGGCGUUGGGCUCGCUGCCAGGUGCCCCACUUCUCCUGGUUCCUGGUCGUUUUACGCCCAGUAUCCAACACCUGCCUAUUACCACCAGAGGGAGCACUUCUGUGCUCCUCAGGUCAUCCUGGGGUCAAAGUCACUUUUCCCCCUGGGGUCACAGAAGAGCCCCGGCAAGUCUCCAUGCAGGUAGUGCAUAUGGCUGGACUAGAGCUGAGAGCCCUUCUGGAAGAGUCAGAGGCGGCAGUGAGCCCCUUGCUGUGCCUUUCCCAGAGCGGACCCCCCAGCUUCCUACAACCUGUCACUGUGCAGUUGCCCUUGCCCCCCGGUGUUACAGGCUUCAGUCUGGACCGCUCCCACUUACAUCUGCUCUACCGAACACCCCUGACAAGCACCUGGGAUGACAUCAGCACUCAGGUGGCACUGGAAUUCACCCACCUGUACGCACGCUUCCAGGUCACACACUUCUCCUGGUACUGGCUCUGGUAUACCACCAAAACCUGCGUGGGGGGCCUGGCCCGGAAGGCCUGGGAACGGCUGCGGCUGCACCGUGUAAACCUCAUUGCACUGCAGAGGCGCCGAGACCCGGAGCAGGUCCUGCUGCAGUGCCUGCCCCGGAGCAAGGUAGAUGCCACCCUGAGCCGGCUGCUGGAUCGGUACCGUGGCCCGGAACCCUCUGAGACUGUGGAGAUGUUUGAGGACCGUCCAGACUGUGUGGAUGGCAGAAUCUGUUUUGUCUUCUAUUCACACCUGAAGAAUAUGAAGGAGGUAUACAUUACCACAGCCUUGGACCGUGAAGCUCAGGAUGUUCGAGGACAGGUGUCCUUUUAUCGGGGUUCACUUCCCAUGGAGGUGCCUGAAGAGGCAGAGGCUGCCCGGCGGAGGAAGGGCACAGAUGCAUUGUGGAUGGCCACCUUGCCCAUCAAGCUACCGAGACUCCGGGGGGCCCAGGGGAGUGGGCAGGGAACUGACUUCUCCUUGAUGCCUCUGAACCUGGGUGAUGCAGAAACUGGAUUCCUGACUCAGAGCAACCUGCUGAGUGUGGCCUCACGCCUUGGUUCUGACUGGCCGACUGUGGCCCUGCACCUAGGCAUGCCCUACCGUAAGCUUCAGCGUAUCCGACAUGAAUUCAGGGAUGACCUGGAUGGGCAGAUCCGCCACAUGCUCUUCUCUUGGGCUGAGAGCCAGACUGGACAGCCUGGAGCUGUGGGACACCUGGUGCAGGCCUUGGAGCAGAGUGACCGGCAGGAUGUGGCUGAAGAGGUGCGUGCCAUCUUGGAACUUGGCCGUCACAAGUACCAGGACAGCAUUCGGCGCACAGGGCUGGCCCCUGAGGAUUCCACUCUGCCUAGCACCUCAGCUUUACAGAACCCAGAGUCUGCACAGGCCUAGGCUUACAGACUUAAGAUAGCCUUAAACUUGACUUGGCCAGUGGGCAGAGCCCUAUCCUUCUACCUCGCCUGUGUGGUACAGUGCACCAGCACACAAAAACCCUCCACUGUCUAGGCCAAGCUAGCCUCCAACUCUCAAUGAGUACGUCUCAGAGAUUGUUUUACUUAAAGAACAGAGAGUGGGUUGUCUAAGUGAUCUGAAGCCUGGUCCCUGUGUGUGCCUAUGCUUGCCACCAUGUCAGGUCCUCCUGCUAAGAUGGGGGCAGAGAGAGUCUGGAGAGAGGGCUCAGCUGUUAACAGCAUUGGCUGCUCCUUCAGGGAACCCAGUUUCAGUUCCCAUUACCUCCAUGAUGACUCGUGACAGUCUGUGACUCCAGUUUGGAUAGAUCAACACCUUCCUCUGGCCUCCACAGACACCAGGCACACGUGGUGUGCCGACAUACAGGCAGGCAAAACAUCCAUACAUAUAAAAUAAAAGCUAUUUAUUGUG